UGACGAUUGAACAACUCUCACGUUCUAGAACCUGUUGUUUCUCAGAACAAAUGUCAUGCGUUGUUCUAGCAGUGAAGCUUGAAGAUCUGGUGGGGCGCGGUCCCUCAACCCGCAUCUCGCAGCCCAGCCUGGGCUUUGGAGCAACAUCACCCAGCCAAACAUGGCGAGCAACACUAUUUCAGACAUCAAGACACCGCCGUCCUGCACGGCAGACUUCUGUCUCAUUCCGCUAGGCACACCAACUGCGAGCGUGUCGAAGGAGGUGGCGGAGGUGCAGAGGAUCUUGAAGAAGAGUGGGCUGAGCUACUCCAUGCACUCUGCAGGCACAACUCUUGAGGGCUCAUGGGACGACUGUAUGCGAGUCAUUGGACAAUGCCAUGCUCUGCUGCACCAGAACGGUGUUGUGAGAAUCCAGAGUGACAUCAGGAUUGGCACCAGAACAGACAAGAAGCAAGGUUUCAAGGACAAGGUUGAGGCUGUUGAGAGACUACUGAAGGAGGACAACUGAGUCUUCAUUAUUCGAGAAGAACUUGAGCUGCCAUCUGCUCCAAAACUCCGGGUUAUGUGCUCAAGUAUCACAACAAGAAUCACGCCAAUGUAAAACACAAGACAACGCGCCUACAAAUUGGCUACAAUACUUCCCCGCGAUAUCGACAGGCAAUCUGGCGGACCACAGUGACUCAUUAUCGAUAGAUCCACGACCCCUUUUCUUCGAUUGGCCAACUCAGGAGUGAUUCGCCUGCGAUGCUGGGGUUGCUGGCCGAACUGACGGUCUUCCGGAGGGGUUCUGUGGCUCGUGAGGGCUGAGGCGGGAGGUUGACAGGGAAGCGCGUCACAUGAAAUUGAAGGAUGCUUGCUCGUUUGGCAGGCGCGAGACAGGUCUGACAGGUCGCGGCUGCCUCUUCCCAACGAUUGAUAAACAACCAAAAAACCUUCACAUAUCUUG